AUGGGAAAAUUAUUCCAAAGCCUGUUUCUUGCAGUUACCGUGUUUAUUCAACUGAAGAGCAAUGGUGCUGUAGUGGAGGCUGGAGAUACUCUUUUGCUGGGUUCCUCGCUUACUGGAAAUCAGACAAUUAUUUCAAAGAAUGGCACAUUUGAGCUGGGAUUCUUCAGUCCAAAUGGAAACAACUGGUAUAUUGGCAUCUGGUAUGCCCAAUUACCAGAGAAGACGUCUGUUUGGGUGGCUAACAGGGAGACUCCAGCAAGAAACCGGUCGGGCGUUUUGAAGCUCUCACGAGAAGGUAAUCUGAUACUGUUCGAUGCAGAGGGCGCAUCUCUUUGGUCAGUCAACACAACAAACAAGGCCUCCCGAGCUGUGAUAUUGGAUUCUGGUAAUUUUGUAGUUAUGAGAAAUGGCAAUAAAUCUGAAACUUUUCGGCAGAGUUUCGACAAUCCCGUCGAUACCUGGUUGCCAGGGAUGGUAGUUGGUGGAGAGCGAAAGCUAGUCUCUUGGAAAAACUCAUUGGAUCCUGCUCUAGGGCUUUUUUCCUUACACACGAAUCUAUCUGGGGCCAAACAAUUCGUGCUGACAUGGAAUAAUUCUGUACAGUAUUGGGAGAGCGGGGCUUGGGACGGCAAAAUUUUAAGUGGAAUUCCAGAACUUUAA